AUGAGCGACUCCAAGAGUUGUACUGAGUAUGUCGACUCAUCUUCCUUGUCGGUCGACGAGAACCCUACCCAGAACGAUGACAACGUGGUCGAGGCCCCUAUCGAAUCGUAUCAAGAGCCCCCGGAGCAUGUCGACUCAUCUUCCUCGUCUGUCGACGAGAACCCGACCCAGAACGACGACAACGUGGUUGAGGCUCCUGUUGAACCGAUCCAAGAACCCCCUGAGCACGCAGAUUCGGGUAUUCAACCGGUGCAGGUUAUGUUCCAAUCUACGCCAAACUCAACACAGGCCAACGUAGACGACUCUCCGGCUGAAACCUUGGCUGGUGCUCAAGAAAACCGUACAAACGAACUGAGGGACUCUGCGGAGUCUCUAUUCCACGACCCCGAUGCUCGUGCCUUGGUACGACUCCCGCCAGCGGCAGAGCCUGAGCAGACGCUCCUGGGUGAGCCCCAGAAGCCCCAGGAUCUCGCCGCUCCACAGUCUCAAGGUGUAGACGUGCCCCCCAAGGAGGCUGCUCCUCCUCCUCGCCCCAGUGCGGCGAAGAAGCCUCAGUGCCCUCCAAACGGACAACAGCAGUGCGUGCAGCGGCAGGAACCAUUUACUCAGCAGUUCUCUCAACGGCCAAUUGUUCAACAAAAGCAUGAGCAAGGCCAUCGCCAGGGCCCUCGACAGCACACCCGAACGUACCCCCAGCCAUACCCACGGCCGUACCCUCAGCUCUAUGCUCGGCAGUACGUUCAACAGCAGAACCUAGGCCAGCAACAGUACCACCAGCAGCACGCUCAGCCGCAGACCCAGUGUCCGCAACAAUAUCCGUAUCCGAAUGGUCAACAGUACUUUGUAACCUUUCAAGGAGCUCCUCAAGCAUAUCAACACUGGCAGCAAGGUCCUCAGCAACACCAACAGUGGGUCGCUCCGCAGUAUCGGAUGCCAUCGUCGGCGCCGGUAGAUCCCACGACAUGCGACCAGCCUGAGCCGAACCAUUACAAUUAUUCGAAUGGUCCUCAACAGCACCAGAAUCACACGACAAGGUAUCCACGACCGCCGCAGCGGGCGUGUACACAUUCUAACCCUCCCGUGCAUCACCACGCGGGUGGCCGAGGCCAAGUCUCGUUGCGGCACGUGCCAGGUCGAGGUAGGGGUUUCAACCCACGAGGCAAUCUCCAUAGAGGACGAGGUCGCGGCCAUGGGGUUGUGGCAACACACGCCCCGAGUGCAUCUGCGAACACGAACAACGCCACGAAUGAGGUCAAAAAUGAGACGGCUAUCCAGCCUGUCAGCGAGAAUGCCCGUGACACGGCUGAUAGCAUAGUCGACGACACGACGGACGAGGCCACCGUCCAAGACAAUGAGGCGUUUUACAACAGAUCGGUCAGUGUGGAAAGCCUGCCACUUUACUUGAAGAGCGAGAGUGAGGAAGAAGAGGCUGAGGAGGAGACGCUUCCAAAGAGAAGCUUGAGUGUAUAG